CAAAAGUUUGCGAAAGUUUUGAAAAGUUCUUUAAGAACUUAGUUUUUUAAUUGAAAGAAAGUAAUAGCAAUCCACGAUCGACUUUGUUUCAAGUGAAAACAUAAUAAGAAUUAGUUAUUAAAGCGUAAGGAUGGAUUAAUUGUGUAGUUGUUGUAAAAUGAAAUGAGAGCAUCGACGUCGGUGACGGGGUGGAAUAGUCGCUGAAGGAGGCACAACGUCGUCUAUCGUAGACGAGGACGCCUAUUAGCGGGCUAAGUGAUAUGUUGUGCUUAGACAUGAGACUUGUUCAAAGGCUCAGGGGUGACAAGCCCGAAGACGCGACAGCUCGAGACCGUUCUAAGAGCGUGUGCGUGACGAGUUUUCGCAGCAAGCCACCCAGGGACGUUUCCGCUUUUAAUGUACUCAAAAGGAGAGCCAGCAGUGCACUCACAACUGCCAGUGACCUCAUAUCUCGACGUGGUGUCUUUUCCAGGAGAUAUUACGGAUCGGUAGAACAGUUACAACAGCCUGAAGUCAAUGGUCAGGAAUAUGGCCGCCGAUUUCGAGUAGAAAAUGGUGACAUGCCUGGUGAAAAAGACGAAGUGUUUGGUUCACCGAGUACUCCAGUUUUGGAAAACCCAGAAUACCAAACCAGAUGGUAUUUUAAGUAUUUCUUGGGAAAAUUGCAUCAAAACUACAUUGGCUUAGACUGUGACAAAGAGCCCUUUUUUCUUAGCGUAGUAUUAAAUGAAAACUCCAAUCAGUGCGUGCCGCUCUACAGGGCGAUACUGUUCAAGAAAACUGGAGCGCAGAAAAUCUCUCUGCCUUAUUCCCAAAAUAAAAUCCUCUCCGUCAAACAGAUACUUUCUAAUUUUCCCAACAUGGACAAAGUUGAGAAAGGUCCGAAGGAAAUCUUUUCGCCAGACUUGCAAAAGGAUCUGCUCCUAUUAGAAGAACAGGAAGGAUCAGUCAAUUUCAAAUUCGGAAUUAUUUAUAUGAAGAUGGGUCAGAACAGUGACGAUGAAAUCCUUAGCAAUGAAGUUGGUAGUCAAAAGUUUGAAAAUUUCUUAACUCUAGUUGGAGAAAAGGUUCGGCUAAAAGGUUGGGAUAAAUACAGAGGCGGACUUGACGUUAAAGGCGACAUGACCGGGAAGUAUUCCGUCUAUACAAUGUACGAGGGGCACGAGAUAAUGUUCCACGUUUCGACUCUUUUGCCCUAUUCGAAGGACAACAAACAGCAGGUGGAACGCAAACGGCACAUUGGCAACGACAUCGUCAACAUUGUGUUCAUUGAAACGGACGAAGACGACGAUCCUGAAACGGAAGCUGACGCACAUGCAGGAUUUAAUCCGAACUGGAUCAAAUCGCAUUUUACGCAUGUCUUUGCGGUGGUAACGAUGAAUUCUGAUGGCAACUACAGAUUGUCAGUAUUUUCCGACGAAACGGUGCCUCUCUUUGGCCCGGGUCUCCCCUGCCCGCCUGUUUUUAAGGACGCUCAAUUUUUUAGGGAAUUCCUACUGGUCAAGCUGAUGAAUGGUGAAAAGGCAACCUUUGAAACACCGACAUUUGCAAGAAAACGAAAAAGGACUCUGGAUAUGCUCAUAAAGGACCUUUACUCCGAACAUAUGACGGACACGAGAAUGACGAUGUUAAAUCGCCGAGCCUUCUCUGAUGUUUUGGCGGAAACACCAAAGCACUCACGAUUGAAAGAAGAUGCUCGACAAAUAGAAUUUGUCCGCAUCGGUCAAGCACUUAAAUUGGAAGCGAUAGUUCGAGGAGAUGCUCCUACUAGUUUGGCAUCUGCUGGUACGGGAAGCACGUUGCUUAGAAAAUCGCCUUGGGAACCAAACUGCUUCUAUCCCGUUUUCCCGCAACAAACCAUUAUUUGCGCGGACUCCUGGGACGAUAACAAACUUGUAGUAGCCACAGAGGAUGGAACUUUCGUUGUGGAAGAUGGGAGUUCUCAUCGCUUGGUGUUUGACAAAACGCUUCAAGUAAAACAAAUGAGCGUAGUGGAAUCUCACGGUAUCGUGCUCUUGAGGAUUGGCCCUACAAAAGAAGGAAAAAUCUAUGUGUACAGAUUGUCAUAUCUCAGUGCAAUAGUUGAGCCCAAAGCUCGUCUGGAUUUGAAGGACCAUCGUUUAGAGAAAACCAAAGGGACCCAUUUGUACGCAAUCUCGAGACCAGGUGGUUCCCGGCUACGUAUGUGUGUCGCAAUCGGCAGGAAAUUGGUGAUUUUUCAGUGGAAACAUUCGGCAGCAUGGACGGCAUGGUGUCCCACUAAUGACACACACACAGCUGAUGGAUUCUCAUGUCUUUGGGAGGUGAUGGUCGGUGAAGUACCGAAUAUUAUGUCAAUUGUUGAUGCCACUUGGACACCACAUUCCCCGUCCCACGGUGACGUAAUAUUAUGCAUAGGCUACAAGAACCACUGGGACCUUGUGAGCGGGAAAACUGGUAGUGUCCAGCAUCUUCACACCGUCGAAGGGGUCAAAACCAAUUUAGUGGCCGCCUUAGAUCUAUACGAGGACCAAGAAUUGCAAUUACUUCUUUGUUACAAUCAUACAUGCCAUUUCCAAAAACUAAACGAAGAGAACUCCCAACAACAAACUGAUUUUGACUUUCACUGGAAUUCUGUACCCACCGAUAUAGUGUGUGCAUUUCCAUACCUUAUCGCAUUCACAUCAAACACAAUGGAAAUUCGACUGAUAGUGAACGGAAAUCUCGUUCAUACAAUGACAAUGCCUAAACUAAAACUUCUCGCUUCAAAGAAUGAUAUAUUCUUUGCAACAACGGCCCCCGAAUUCUUUAGCAACAAAGAGAGGCUCCCAGUGGAUAAUAAGCACACCGAGAAAUACUAUUCACCCCCAGCCAGUCCUAAUAAUCUACCCUUAGACGUACAACCCCUUCGUAUAUACCGCAUUCCUAUUCAUUCUCUCAGCAAACAAAGUGUCAACCCUAUGAGAAACUAUAUCAGCAACGACACUCCGAAAUCGUGGAAAUCGGCUGAUUCUCAACUACUGCCACCGGAAAUGCACUCUCGUCUAUCAAGGAGUGCUACAAGCUCUCCCGUACCACCCACCAAGGGCAGAUCUCAAGACUAGCAAACAAUCCAUGAAA